UAUAUACAGUAUCAUUCUUUGAAAUAAUUCAUUCUGUGCAUAGUUUAACUGAUAUGCAGUGAUUAUGAUGAAUUUGACACAGGUUUCAUAUUUCACACUAGCAUCCUACUUUGACAUCGGGCUUUUAAGAUAUCUAUAUUUCAUGAUUGUUUUGUUUUUAUAUAUUUUAACUGUUGGUUCCAAUGUGUUGCUGAUUGUGGUUAUCUGUCUGAACAAGAGCUUACAUGAACCCAUGUACAUUUUUCUGUGCAGCCUGUUUGUAAAUGAGCUGUUUGGUAUUACAGGGCUGUUUCCAUCCCUUCUGGUUCAGAUCCUCUCUGACAUUCACACUGUUUCUGCUCCUUUUUGUUUCCUGCAGAUUUUCUGUGUUCAUACUUAUGGAAAUGUUGAGCUUUGUAACUUAGCCAUUAUGUCUUAUGACAGAUAUCUCGCUAUCUGUCAUCCUCUGCAGUAUAACACUCAUAUGACAUUUAAAAAAGUUGCCAUGCUUAUUGCUCUGGUAUGGUUAUUCCCACCUAUUGAAGUUGCUGUUAUGCUAGCAUUGAGUGCCCCUUUACAGCUAUGUGGGAACAUCAUUAACAAAGUGUACUGUGACAAUUUCUCUGUUGUCAAACUGGCAUGUUUUGACACAACAGUGAACAAUAUCUAUGGAAUUAUUUACACACUUAUCAUUGUUUUUGGUGUAUCAAUUAUGAUUGUAUACACUUACAUAGAGAUCAUUAAAGUGAUUAUUUCUGGUUCUCCAGAGGCCAGACAGAAAGCUGUCAGUACCUGCACACCUCACAUCUCUUCUCUGCUCAACUUUUCCUGUGGGAUUUUAUUUGAAAUAUUUCAGAGCAGGUUUGAUAUGAGCAGUGUACCAAUGAUGUUGCGCAUAUUUCUAUCGUUAUAUUUUCUUAUCUGCCAGCCACUCUUUAACCCUUUAAUGUACGGACUGAAAGUGUCUAAAAUAUACAACUCAUGUAAACGUCUUUUCUUAGGUAAAAGGUAAAUUACUAAUUGUAUAAAGCAUGUAUAUUGUAUUUUCAAUCACAUGAGAACUGUUGAAUAUUUUACAAAAGAUGUGUCAACAAUAAUUAUUUUGUGAAUUAAAUGUGAAUACAGUGAAUAAAAA